UUUUCAUAAACAUUUAUGAUUUCUACAACAAAAUUAUUUUGUUCCACGUCUUGUAUAUUGUUAGCACAUCAACUGCAUUUUACGACAACGGCGAAAUAUACUGUGUGCAAUAAAACAACUGAAUCUCCAGCCACUAGUUCAGAAGAAUCGUGUGUAGCUACUAAAUCCCAAAAGAAUAUGAACGUUGAUGAUUAUAAAUAUGAAUCGGGCACAAGUUCUGUUGCUUUCGUCACAGCGCCAGAUGAUAAAAUUGCCAAAAAAUUGGCUAAAGGAUUGGUUGAACAAAAACUAGCUGCCUGUGUCAAUAUAAUACCAAACAUACAAUCAGUGUAUAUGUGGGAGGGCAAACUCAAUGAGGAUAAUGAAUAUUUGAUGAUGAUAAAAACGCGUACAAGCCGCUUAGAGGAAUUAACAAAAUGGGUGCGUGAUAAUCACCCAUACAGUGUUGCAGAAGUAAUUACACUGCCAAUAGAGUACGGAAAUUUUCCUUAUAUGAAAUGGUUAUCUGAAUCAGUGCCAAGUAAAUAAUUGUAGCCACUUAAUGUUAUCUUUAAUUAUGUUCAGAAAAAAGUCUAUAUAUUAUAUAGUAUUCGUUCAUCUUAAUCUUUUCAAGGACUCGUAAAAUAAAAUAUGUUAUAAAUUAA